AUGCACAGCAACUCGCCGUUCGUCACCGACAGGAGAUAUUGGGGGCACGAGGUGCCGUGUGCAACGAAAGCGCCUGCGCUUGCUCCUACACCGAGUCCACAUAAUUUCCUACUUGCGUACGCACGAACCAUCGAUGUCUGUAACUACCACUCGGGAAACUCGGGAGACUGUUUGUACCACGUCUGGGGUAAAUGCAGAGGUCUCACUGUGCCACUGAAGCGUAACAUGAAGAAGGCGGUAGGGUACCGAUCAUGCAAGGCACAAACACCUGCCUCACAUUCUUCGUCGGCGAGGAGACAGCCGCAGCAUGCUAUAGCUGCCGUAAUAAAUUCAUUUUUCACCGCCAUAUACAACACAGGGAUAGGAUACGGUCGAAGUAAAAUGGUUCUCCGUUGGAAAAAGAGAGACCCCGCUACAAUCCGCAAGGCUGUGAAACACGAGUCAAAUGUGAAGAAUGAGGAAUCACAGAACACAAUACCCAUCGCACAGCCAAGCCCUCGCAUGUCGCGCACCAAUUUCGCUACCAUCCUCGACCACCAAUGGUCCAUUGAUUUAGCCACUCAGACCAUCACUGUCGCCACAGACGAUGUACACAUGCACGACGAUGACAGCGACUACAUCGAGCUCGCAGCCGAGUUGUCAGCCGUCACUCUCGACGGUGCCACCAUCACGCCACAUUGUGACACACCCGAUUCUGUGGGCCCACUCACCCCUGCUCCGUGGACGUCCCCAUGGGGCGCGCAAUGUGCCUCCCCGAGAUCUGACAAACACUCUGUGGCAUACUCCGCAGAGUCCAGUACGCCAGGGUCUGAGAGGCCUGACACUCCGAUGGAGUGGACCACGCUAUGGGACGCGUCUUGCGUCUCCCCGGAAUUCGGCAAAGAGUCUGUGGCGCACAUAGGAUUGCCACAUGACUUCUACGUUUCGGACACGAUUCUGAACUCGGUGUGGCCGCUGACACAUGGAAUGCUUGGACAACGACGGGAGCCCAUGGGGUCUGGGAGUGACAGCGUAAUCAAGGGACUUGCACGCACAGGGUAUCUGAGGCGCGCGACGAUGAACACGACAACGACAACUCGAAUGGAAGGCACCGACGUGGACGACAUCUUUGAAUACAAGACACGGACCACGUCGACACAAGCAUAG